UGCUGUAUUUUCCUGUUAUGUGAGUGGUGUGUCGUUGUGCUACCGUAAUCCAGGAUGGCUGCCCCAGUACCUGAGAACCCGCUGUCUGGGGCACUGGUAACGCAGAGACCCGGGUCCACGGCCCUGGCUGUGGCCGAGAACCCGCUGACAGCUGAAGCUAAGAAGCCGAAGAAGAAAGUCUUGUGCGAAGAGACGUACAUCCAGAAUUUGCAGAAAAUCAUCCAGAGAGAUUUCUUCCCAGAUGUGGAGAAGCUCCGGGCUCAGAAAGAAUAUUUAGAAGCAGAAGAAUCCGGGGACCUUGAAAAAAUGAGACAAAUAGCAAUCAAGAUUGGCACCUCUGGGAGAUGUUCUCGAGAAUCACCUUUACCUUAUGUGACACCUGCCACGUUUGAGACACCUGCUGGAAUUCCUGGAACGCCCUUAUUUAAUACUAAACAUAGAGAAGAAGACGGGGAGAGCGAGAAAACUGACGAGGAUGGCAAGGAGCUUCUGGGCCUUGAUAAUUUUUUAGCAAAGCACACAAGUGAGGACAAUGCGUCUUUUGAACAGAUAAUGGAGGUGGCAAAAGAGAAGGAGCGAGCGAAGAAUGCCUGGCUUUACGAAGCAGAGGAAGAGUACAAACAGCGGCUUCAAGAAAACCUUGUCCUCCCCUCCCUUGAGAAGCAAGCUAUUCAGAAUGUCAAAGCCGGCCUAGAUACCUGGGAGUACAAAACCCACAACUCGCUCAUGUACUAUCCUGAAGGUGUACCAGACAAUGAUGCUAUAUUCAAAAAGCCUCGGGAGGUAGUCCAUAAAAACACUCGUUUCCAGAAAGACCCCUUCAGUCAAGCCUUGAGUAAAACGCAGCUCCAACAGGCAGCCGCUCUGAACGCCCAGUACAAACAAGGGAAGGUUGGUCCAGAUGGAAAGGAACUCAUACCGCAAGAGUCUCCAAAAGUCAAUGGCUUUGGAUUUGUAGCUACCCCGUCUACUGCCCCAGGAGUGGAUGACUCUCCACUUAUGACAUGGGGUGAGGUUGAGAGCACUCCCUUUCGUUUGGAUGGAUCAGAGACGCCAUAUUUAGAGAAGACACCUGGGCCAUCAUUUAAGAUCCUGGAGCCUGGUCGUAGAGAACGAUUGGGUCUGAAAAUGGCAAAUGAAGCUGCUGCAAAGAAUAGAGCAAACAAGCAGGAAGCGUUAAGGAGAGUGACUGAGAACCUGGCCAACUUGACACCUAAGGGACUCAGCCCGUCCAUGUCUCCUGCUCUUCAGCGUUUGGUGAAUAGGACGUCAAGCAAAUACACAGAUAAAGCUCUAAGGGCCAGCUACACCCCAUCUCCUUCUCACACUGGCUCUCAUGGCUAUAAAACCCCAGGGGGCUCACGUCUGACGCCUACUGUUACCCCCACUCCAGGAGCUGCUUCACAAACUCCUACUGUACCUGAUCCCACCUCCAUAACCGAUGAUUUACUACAUUUACCCAAACGAAGAAAAGCAGCCGAUUACUUUUAAGCUGUGGGAAGGAAAUUGCUAUGCAUGACUGUGUUAGGUGGGACCUUGUGACUAUUGAGGGACCAGACUGUAAAUAUUACUCUCUUUAUAGAGAAUGAUGAUGGAUAUGCUAAUUUAAUAGCAACGGUUUGUGUUAAUAUACUUCUUUUUAAUAAUUUAAAUGCAGUGUUGCUCAAAGACUUAAAGGGGUUCAAGUUUUUUUUUGGGGGGGGGGCAAAAAGCAGGGGGCAGGUAAAAAAACAAAAAACAAAAAAAGAAAACACCUCCCCCGAGCCUACUUUAGUCCAAUUCUGCAGCUCGGCUUUCUCUACAGGGCUGCAGUAGUGAUGUCUCUUAUACCACUGCAGCCUAUCGUUGGCCUCAGCAGUCUUGUGCCGUACACCACUGAGGCUACUGAUUGGCUGCAGCAAUGCUGGUUCGAAGAGAGUUUUGUUAGGCAAGUAACGUAUGUUCUUACCAGCCUCCCUGCAGUUUGCCCGCAGGAAAAUCUUGGACAACUCCUUUCAUGUUUGUACAGUAUACCUUCUUGCACCUUGGAAGUUUUAUAUUUUGGGAACAUUGAUAAAAAUGUUGUCUCCUCUGUAUUUUUUUUUUUUUUUUUUUUUAUCAGCCAGGGUAAUAUGUUAAUGCUGCUGUUUUCCUGCUCACCUUGCUAACCAUUUAUAGCAGGGAACGGCAACCUCGACACGCCAGCUGUUGUGAAACUACAACUCCCAGCGUACACACUUGGUCAGCUUUGAGUUUUAUGCUAUUUGACACUACUGCCGGGUCGUCCAAAUAGCGCUAAUAUAUUUCUCCUACUGGAAGCAGUGUCAAUAAAACCUCUUAAGACAAAUCUUCUAUAUUAUAUAAAUGUAUUCCCUAAAAGGAGAGUCUAUCAUACUUGUAAAACAAGAGGGGCAAAUAUCUGAUUAUAACCAAGUGGAGAUAUAUUACUACCAUGAUGAAAAUAAUUAACAGAAUAACUUUUUUUUUUUUUUUUUUUUUUUUUUUUUUUUUUA